AGACGGUUUCAAAACUUUCCUCCGGAUCCUACGUUUACUCACUUUCUCUCAGUGAUUUUUCACCUCCCCUUCUCUCCCUUCCUACACAUUCUCCUCUAUAGUACAUCAGAAGUCUCUCAGAACUCUUACAUUUUCUCAGUUUUCCUACUAACCAAACAAUCCUUAUCCCAAGAAAGUUUCUUGAAUUGUUCAACACCUUCACUUCCUACAUAUCCAAACUCCAAUCUAAAUUUCCAUACGCAGUUUAGUUUUGCAGACGCAAACAUCAUGAGCUCUUCGGUGAAGCUCACAGCCUCACCCUUCACGUCCUCAGACUUCUCAAACCGAAAGCUUCCUCUUCCGAAGCUUCCCUUUCUUUCACUACCCACUACUCAGAAUGCCAAGCAGAGCCUUAAAAACUCACUCUUUUCCCAGAAACCCAUUUACAUUUCCUCCAUUGAGAAUUUCGCGCUACCAACGAAAACCCAGAAGCGCGGAACAGAGUGUAAGGCCUACGAAGCCGACCGGUCUCGGCCGCUGGAGAUCAAUAUUGAGCUCUCGGACGAUCCGGCUCGGGUCGAGGCCGCUCAGAGGCUCAAAAUUGGUAUAUAUUUCGCGACGUGGUGGGCUCUGAAUGUAGUUUUCAAUAUAUACAACAAGAAGGUUCUCAACGCUUUUCCUUACCCGUGGCUCACUUCCACGCUCUCGCUCGCAGCUGGGUCACUCAUGAUGUUGAUAUCGUGGGCCACGAGGAUCGUCGAUGCUCCUAAUACCGAUUUGGAGUUCUGGAAGACACUGUUUCCGGUUGCGGUGGCACAUACAAUUGGGCAUGUGGCAGCCACAGUGAGUAUGUCGAAAGUUGCGGUUUCGUUCACCCAUAUCAUCAAGAGUGGUGAGCCUGCUUUCAGCGUUUUGGUUUCAAGGUUUUUGUUAGGUGAGAUGUUUCCGGCGUCGGUUUAUUUGUCCCUCUUGCCAAUUAUCGGAGGAUGUGCGCUCGCCGCUGUGACCGAGCUCAAUUUCAACAUGAUUGGGUUUAUGGGGGCUAUGAUAUCGAAUUUGGCAUUUGUGUUUCGGAACAUAUUCUCAAAGAAGGGGAUGAAGGGGAAGUCUGUUAGUGGGAUGAACUACUAUGCUUGUCUGUCUAUGUUGUCUCUAUUGAUUCUUACACCUUUUGCCAUUGCCGUGGAGGGCCCCAAGAUGUGGGCUGCUGGCUGGGAAAAUGCCAUCUCUCAGAUUGGACCACAUUUCAUAUGGUGGGUGGCGGCCCAGAGUGUCUUCUACCACUUGUAUAACCAAGUUUCAUACAUGUCGCUCGAUCAGAUUUCUCCCUUGACAUUCAGCAUAGGAAACACGAUGAAGCGGAUAUCUGUCAUAGUCUCCUCCAUCAUAAUCUUCCAUACACCCGUCCAACCCAUCAAUGCUGUUGGAGCUGCCAUUGCAAUUCUUGGCACCUUCCUCUACUCACAGGCCAAGCUGUGAGGGAGUUAAGGAUUUCAUGGUAAUCAUGUUACAUGGAUGAGAGAAGAAAGCUGAUGAUACAAGGGCUGGAGCUGCAAGCAUAUAUAAGCGAUCACAGAUGAUUAAGAGUCACUAACAUUAGAUUUUCAUAGGGAGUGGCGUAUUUCAUCAUAUAAUAACAUGGGUGACUAUAGAUGGUUAUAUUUCUUUCCUGUUCACAAGGGAGAAAAUUUGUUGUAGUAAAUAAGAUCAAUUUUCGAGAACUGUUAUGUUUUGAGGCAUGGUAAUAAUAAUUAUGGCUUUGUUUA